AGAAUAAUUACUAAUGCUUCCUUUAGUUCCUAUCAUAAAGUAGUUUGUACAGGAAGGAUAAUAAUUCUUUACAGCAAAGGACAUCUUCGAUAAGAAAUAAAAUGAAUUAACAUAAUUAAUUUCUUAAGUGACUUAAUCAUUGGAAUAAGUUGAGUACUUUGAUAACAUUUAAGAAGACUUAUAUAGUAAUGAACAAAAGCAGAUCAUAAAGCAAUGUAAAGAUCUUUUACACUCUAGUGAAUAACUAUUAAAUUAGUUGCCCUCUAAUCUUACCUUGUAAUUUAUUUGAUUCUUAUUUUUUAAAGAAUAAACGGUUACUUUUACAGUAAGAGUAACAAUUAUAAGGAACUUUUAUAGUGUUUAGAAGAGUUGAGUAAGAUCAAUGCUUAAAUACAUGAAUUGGAGAUGUAAUCCUUAGAAGUAUUAAAAACAGUAGUGCUUCCGAAUUUUUCAAGAAAAUAAUCAUUUUAAUGUAAAUAAUGUUGAUUAUCUAUAGCAUCUGUCCAUUAAAUUAAUAUUGUACUAAAACUUAAAGCACCUAAAUUAAUUAAAGAAAUAUUUGAUUAAUAUCCUCGUCAUCUGAAAAGCGAGUUUAAUUUUAAAUUUCAGAUGGAAGAUAGUGAAUCACAUAAAAAUGUGUUUCAUUUUUAAAGAAAGGAAUUCAUAAAACUAUAAUAGGUGUUAAAAGAAACUAAAAUUUAUACCUUGUCUAAAAAAUAGCAUUGUUCUCUUGAAAUGAGAAAUUCACUUCAAUAUUCACAUUCUUAGAAAAAUACUUUCAUUCCUGACACAAAGUUUAUCUCAUCUGAAAUAAUUUCAAUAGAAAAUUUAUAAUAAGAUUAAGAUAAUAAGUCAAAUAUAUUAAAAUUGUUUAUAGUAGUGAAUGGUUAGAAUGGAAUAAUAAUAAUAAGAAACUAAAGGAUUACAAUGCAUGUAGGAUUCGGAUAAGAGUGUGAGUUAUUGGAGAAGGAUCAAAUAGUAAUUUUACAGGAUUCCAAUUAAGAGCCAUUAGUUUCGUAUAUAGUUUAGAGGAUUAUGAUUUAAUUAUUAUGA